AUGGUAGACACGAAUAGGAACUAUACAGAAUGUCACAAGCCUUUAAAACAAGGCAAACGAUUUUCAAAGCACUUCGCUUCAGAGUGGUCAGACAAUGAAGAAAUGUAUUCAGAUUGUUGUGAACAAGUGAAUAAGCAGAAAUGCCUAUAUUAUAUACAUAAAUUGUUGAUUCUUUUAGAGAUAUUAACAAUAAGCAUUACAUUUUUGAGCCCUUUCUUAAUACUGGCUUUACCAAACAUUCAUCCAUCUUGGUGGUUUUCACUGCUUCCACCUUCGGCUGUGACAUCAACCCCUUCAAUAUCACCAAGGAAGGUUAUGCACAUACGCAGUAAAAUAAAUGCGAACUCUGUGAUUUCUCGUCGAAUUGAUAGAAGAACUGAAGUUUACUAUGAAGUGAAAAUUAUUGAAUUGUGCACAAAAAUCUUAUUAUUAUUUUUGUGUUCAAGUUAUAUAUACGCAACACGGUUUAAGGAAUUAUUAUUUUGUAUGCACAAUAGAAAACCUUUUAUAUCAUAUUCACGUCUAACUGGAUACAAACGAUACCAACAAUCAGAAAUGGCGAAAACUGUAUCUUCAAUAGUUCACUUGAGUUGGCCACAAAGCAAAAUAAAACAAAGUUUGGCCUUCAAUUUCUUUAUUGAUUCAAUAACUGUUAUUGUAACGUUUUCAUUUUGGCUUAUAUUUUUGUCUCACUGGAAAUCAGAUAAAGAUGCUAUGACUUUACCUAACGAUAGUGAUGAAAGUUUAAAUUACAAAUCAAAACCAUGCGGCUAUCUUCAACACACAGUUCAGCUAACAAAUCCAUUUGGUCAUCGAGAUCCUGGUGGAUCGAAUUUAUGUGACGAAACAAAAAGAAUAUACAUUGACCAACAGUUGAGCAAGCUAAAAACAAUCGCUUUAGACUUAUCUGUAGAUUUUGUGAAUGUACACCUAUCCAUACAGUUAACUGCUAUACUCCUCAUAAAAUUUAAAACAAUUUUAGAUUGGUUAUCGUGUAAAUAUAAUGUACAUGUGGUACGCGCACAAGAUGGUUUUUCAUAUAAUUACAAAAUUGGUUCAGUCAACUUGAAAUCCAUAGCUAAUUAUAUUAUAAAAAACGCAUUAGUUGAUUUUAAGCCUUAUGACCCCUUACUUGUACGUCAGAAACGGAAUUUCAGAUAUAGUCAAUCCAUAUAUUCUGACUGUAUUCGAAAUACAAUUAACAGUACUAGUAAUUGUAAUAAAUUACGAAAUAUGGCAAAAAGUGAAUAUAAAGAAAUGAAAAUACUCAAACCGAAACUAACAAGUUCGACACAAGCUAAAACUUAUUGUCAUCCUACACAAUUUAUUAAAGCAUUACAUAAUAAUAAUCCGUUACGUUUUCGAUAUGACAAAAAUAGUACUGUUUCUGAUACUGCUAUUUCUGGCCUUACAGAUAAUUCCAUUAAUAAGACAGAUUUGAAUGAUGCUGAAUCAAAUGUUGAUGAUGAAUAUGCAGAGGACAAUCCACCAAAAUCUUGUGAAACAUUUGAUUUUUUUAAAAUGCCUGAUAUUUAUGAAUUAAAUGUUCAAGCUGCUAAAAGGCUAAAAAGUGAGAUUAGUUAUCUAAAAUAUAAACGAAAAUGUCAAAUACGACUUACUGCAUUGAUUACUGACUUAUUCAAUACUGUGUAUACUAAAUCAGAUUUUUCAGUGAAUGCUGUUGAUUCUUCAUCAGAGAAUCAGUUGCAAAAGUCAAUUGAAUAUGUAUUUCAAAAGCUAUUUGGACCAGUAUGUAAAUAUUUACGUCUUACUAAACAACACACUUAUCACACCAGAGGUAUGAUAUUGAAUCGACUUAAAAUUUAUUUACAAUACAAUAUGUCAGCUGAAUCAUUUCUCAGUGUCUAUUUUAAUCCACCAAGUGAACUAUUUCACUUACAAUGUUAUCAUCAUCAAUGUAAUGAUAAAGUCAAUAAUCCUAGGAAUAAUAGUCAAAAUUAUAGAUACAAAAUAUGUCAAAAUGAUACUAACCUAUUGAAAUUCGAGAAAACAUACUCAACAGAAAGAAAUGUGAAUAAUGCAUUGGAACAAUCAGGUAGAAAUAAAAACAUUAAAAAAGAGUUUAAUUCAAAUACGAAAGUAUUCCAAACAUGGAAAUUAAGAUUAUGUGAUCCAUUAAUUAAUGCUUCAGUUUAUGAUGGCUUUCGAUUUGAAUUAGUUCGUUCGGACAUGAGACUAUUUUGUGUUGUUAAACAAUUUUCAAUGCUUCAGUUGAUCAAAGCGAAUGUACCGAUUUGGUGGUCAGGUAUUACGUAUGAGCGUAGUAAUAUUAUAUUACCACCGUCUACAGUUGAAACGUGCAUUGGAAGUUCAGAGAAUAUGGCUGAAAUUAAGCUUUAA